AAACUCCAGGCAGUAACACCUCCUGUCCUAACCUAUUGCCAGAGUAUGAUAAAAGAGUGGGAAAAUCGCUUUCAGAGGUUUAGAAGCCAGAGAUCUGGACAUCUGAAGGCCCAAGAAGAGACCACUGCUGAGGGAGAACAAGAUAACAGAAAGCCAUCCAAGAUCCCCAGUGUCCGCCAUCCCUCGAUAGCUCAAGAUUUCCCGUACCGCAAAGAGGACCUCUGCACUGCAACACCUCUGGGGAUAUGGACAGCAUUCUACAAAUCAGACCCACGCAUUGCCCUUGGAAAAUACUCCCCAAUGGAACAAGAGAUCCUACAUCUUGGUGGUGUUCACACCAUAGCAGCAAGAAGAUUUUUGGCUGACAAACACAAGAAAGAAUGGAAGAUGCUGAGGGAACUGCAGGCACAGUCAUCAGACUACAAAAAGGCAACGAAUUUUAGAACAGAGUCCUCUUCUUGUUCUGUGUGUGGACCCCCAGAAAAAAUAUGGACAGCCAAGGUGGUUGUCCCGGCGGAGGAGUUUAAAAUGCCCUGCCGAGAGAUCAUCGACAUCAACAAACAUUUAAAAAGGAUGCAGCAGGCACGAGCCCUAAGAAAUAAGCAGUUUUCGCCCUACAUUGAAAGGCUCCGGAGUGCCACGCUGCUGUCUGGAGCAGAGCUGAGUUCCACAGGGACAGACAAGUCCAGUGAAGAGAAUGCUGUCAGGGAUAGCUGUGAUAAAGCCACCCAGCAGGAGAAGGGGGAGGCAGAGUUCAAGCCCACAGAAAGACGAGAGAUUUCGAUGAACGUGACUUUCAAGUCAGAAGAAGGCAAAGGGUGUUUGAUAUGCCAUCGGAAUGAUCGGAAACCUUUCCUCCCCCCGAAGAAGAGACAGGAGCGGUGCAUCACAGGCCUGACGAACAGAAACCUCUUCCCCAUCUCUGGCUUUCCUGGAGACCUGAUGCUCAUGCGCCAGGAUUUCAUAUCACGGGGGAUCCACCCGAGUGACGCCAUUAAUAUCUACUGGCUGCCAGAAAAAGAAACCAGCAAAGCACAGAAGCACAAGGCCGCUCACUGCCUGUAUUGAAGCUCUAGUCCCGAGUACAAGCAAGUGUCCUGCUCUUCGUGUCUCCUGCACACCUUGUCCUAGGGUCCUUCCUCUCUGCUCCUCUUUUGAGCUCCUUGGCUUCUCCUGCUCUGUCUCCACGGUGUCUCCAAGAUGAGACCCUGUUGCUGAGGCUUAUUUCCAGCGAACUCGAGUCUAGCUCCCACCUCACCACAAUCAUAAGCUCUAAAUUAUAGGCUUGCCCCCACUGGCCAGGCUGUUUUCUUGAUUCUGGGUAUUCACUGUAAAACUGAAGUUGCCAGUCAAACACUGAGUCCUGGCACUAGGAAGCAAUCCAACUGUGACAGGAAAUGGAUUCUCUGCCUCCUCCAAAGUAUCUCCUGGCUCAACCUGAGCCUUGGGCAUGGAUAGCAACUUCAGCUUCAGUGGGGGCAGCAUCUAGAGCAAAUGAAGGGGUUUCCCUCCAAUGACAAAGCUCUCGUGUUUCCUGCAUGUCUAUGUAUCAUAAUUGUGCCUGGUGCCCAUGGAGGCCAAAAGAGAGGGUUGGAUUCCCUGGCAUUAGACUUACAGAUGGUUGUGGGCCACCAAGUAUGCGCUGGGAAUCAAAUCCAGGUCUUCUGGAAGAACAUCCAGAGCUCUAAACUGCUGAGGCAUCAUUUCAGUCCCUAACUUUUUGAUACAGGAUCUCACUAAGUUGGCCACACUGAACUAACUGCCUUGCCUUUCCAAG